CUCGAGAGGGGAAACAAAACGACUUGGUUUGUUAAGCCAGCGGCUCUCGAGCUGAGUAAUGUUGGCGAAACUCAUCUGCGACGUGUAUGCAGUGAACACUAGUUAACUAAUAUUAUUCUUUCCAUUCUCCAGCAGUGCUUAGUGUUGCUCAUUUGUUUAUAGUUAGUUAGUUAGUUUAUACUAACUAUAUACGUUAGUUUAUUUGAUGUUUCGUGAUAACUUAGCUUAUUAGCGAUUGAUUAGAAAGCAUGCGGUUGUUUGGUGUAUUCGUUGGUUAACUAGAGUUCCUGUUGGUAUUAAAGUUAAGAGCAGUAACUGUGGUGUGAUGAGAGACAUGGCAAACUUUCAUAUCGCGAUAUUUCACCGUCAUGUUACAUGAGCAGAACAGGAACAACGAAAUCUUGAAUUCUGUAUAGCUUUAUUUGAAUCGUGGAAAGGGCAAAAGGUCAAGCGUCAGAAAUCUUAGGUACUGAUAAUGUUCCAGUAUCACUAUUCUAAUGGUCUAGACCAGGGGUUCCCAAACUUUUCCAGGGUAAGGCCCCCGAGAUGGCAUUAACAUUUGACCGAGGCCCCCCUUUGGCAAGAUGUCUUUAAAACACUUAAAAAAUACAGACUUCUGAAUAUAUCCCACCUUUUUAAAAAAAAUUAAUAAUUACAUCUUACAUUUUACUAACAUUUAUGUUAGAUUAGGAAUUGAUUGUGUGUGUGUGUGUGUGUGUGUGUGUGUGUGUGGUUGUCUGAGAGUGAGAAAGAGAAAAUCAUGUAUUUAUUUAUUUUUCACACCAAGUUGUUGAGGACCCCCGGGCGCCCCCUGGCGGCCCCCACUUUGAAACCCACUGGUCUAGACCUUGUGUAAGGUGAUUACUCCUUGCUUUUACUUUUGCUCAUGCCUAGACUCUCUGAUUAUGGCCACUGGAAAUCAUGCUGGGAACGAUGCAGAAGUCCACAGGCUCAAGCAAGCCAAGGCCCUCGAUCUUUUCCACCCGAGAAGCACUCCUGCAGAUGAAGAGAACAUGAGGGAGAUUUCCAGUGGGGCGUUGCAUGCACAACUACAGCAAAGUAAAACGAGCGGUGAGCAAGAAGACGUGUCAUUCAGUUCUGCAUCCUGCGGUCCGGCUGCGACCGUCGUCGGCAGGCAGACCGUCUGACAUGGCCAAUAAGGAGAAUGAGCUGACGUGUGCCGAGGACGUGCAGGGCGUUCACUAUAAGGACAAGUGUGCGUUCCCUGUGAACUCGACAGACGCCUCUAAAAUGGCAGGAGCUGGCUCCAAGUACAGUGACUACUUCACUGAGUUAUCCAGGGACCAUGACACGAUGACUCAUGCGCUCUUUGGGAGGAAUCUCAGGUUAAAUGUGGCUUUGACACUUUGGCGAAGAAAUGCUAGUGAACUAGUGGCUUAUUUGAUCAGAAUACAAGACACAGGGGUUCUGGCUGACUGUCUUCCUGUUCUCACAAAAAGCCUUCAAGAAGAAGAGUCAUGUGUUUCCAUUGGUUGCUGUGUUGACCUUUUACCGCAAGUGAAGACAUUACUUCUUCGCAGAUAUGAAGUGCACCUCACUGUGGCUUUGCACUGGGUUCAGUCGGUUGUUAAGAAAUGGUGGCCUGACCUCUCAUCUAAUGGGAAAACUCUGCAAGAUUGCUGUUCGAAUGAGAAAAAUGUUCAGGCCAUGCGAAAGCUGCUGCUUGAUCUUUGGGAUGAUGCGUGUCCGUUAUUCUCAAUACCUGGAACUGUGGGGGAACUAAGCAAGGACGUUGAAUCCUAUCUGUCACAGUUGCGCUGAUUUCUUGAUGUAGAACACUCGAGGAAAUGACCACUACAUGCACUUGCUGCGGUUUUCAAAGCUGCUGUUUGAACAGCGAGAUAAACUGAGUCUUUGUGUCACUCCACAAGAGGACGUGACUCGACGGCGAAUGGGGAGACAGAUGAACUGACCAAUUCAGACCCUCCCUAUAUCCAAACUGGAGACAUGUCUUAAAGGGUAAAGCCCUUUCCUGUAAAACCCUGACUGCUUCACAUUGAAGUGGACUUUUUUCUUUUCUUUUUUUUUUUUUUCUCAUUAGUGGCACUCAGUCAACUCUAUGAGACUGUAAGAAUCAGGUAACUCACAGAAGUGCCAUGGAGAAGUUUGAACUCAAAUUCUCAGUGCCACAAUGUGCACUUGCUGAAGUGGAUUUGGCGUACCGUGUCCUGAGUCAGCUCCUCGUACAAUGUCUUACCAAUGAAGAGUUUGUAGUCCUACAGUCUUAAGUUAUUGAAGCUUUCACUGUCUUCUGCUUGUUCGUGGAUGAAAUGAUUGUGCAUCGUGGUGAUUUUCUUUUAAUCAACUUCUAAAUAAAUUUGCUAAAUUUGCCAAA